AUGCCGAGCAAGCUUAUUGAGCUCCACGCCACCUUCCUGGAACUCAAUCUCCUGUCGCAGAUCCGGGCCCUUCCCAAUCCUUCCUAUGAUGCCUCACAGGAAGAGCACAUGCACCCAUUGGCGCUUCACUUAUCUCCCACAUCUACCGCGAAUAUCGUCGUCACAUCACUCACUCCCGCCCCGCCAAAUACGUCGCCAUUUGCAAAGAUUGCGCCGGAUGCCGAGGUCAUCGUCGCCCCGAAGGUCCGAUCGAAAACCCCCAAGUCGCCCCGCGGGGACAGUCGAAGCACAGCAGGUAGUAGCAGGAGAAGCGCUGGUGGGCGAAGUGCCAGCAGCACAGUCCGCCCCAAGAGCAGCCGCUCCGACUCCAGUAGCAGGGGUUCUCUAUACCUGAGAGGCGUGGACCGUCAGACCGCAUCUGAAAUGUUUGAGCCUGAAGAGGAAGAAGAUGAAGAUGAUGGGCUUCGAAUCUGGGUUGACCUGGAUCUACUUACAUCUCAUGAAUUGCGAGGCGCAAACUGGGCUUCUGUAUCCAUUGUGCAGCCCUCGGGCCUGAAACCUCCCGUGGACCCUCAGCAGCGACUUGCUCAACAAGAGCAGAAAAACAACGAAGCAGGCUCUCCAACAACCAAAUUGGUCGCCAAGCUCCUUCCUUGGGAGGAUGCCCCAGAUAGCCGUCAUGUGGCAAUGUCGACUUUGUUGUGCACGGCCUUGGGCGCCGAAAAUAUAGUUGGUGGUAUAAUCAGAGUGGAAGCUGCACCGCCGCAGCUUCAUCGAUCUGCUGUCAAGACGCUCAAACUAUACCCAUUCAUUGCCGAUCCGUCGAAGAAGAAGGAUGGCCUGAAGUUCGGUGCAGACACGGCAGCUUCUAGGGAUGCCCUCGCUGAGCGACUCAAGGUUAUCUAUGGAAGUACCGGGUCAGACGUUGGGUUAUUUUCAGGACCUUUGACUGAUGGAAUGGUUUUACCCAAGGUCGAAAACCACCCCUCCGUCUCUUCGUUUGAUGGUGCUAUUCUUCGAUUCGAUCCUCCCUUGAAGGGUGGACAGGAAGAGACCAAGACGAUUUUCGGGUGGCUCCUUGGCUCCGAGGCGAAGAUUAACCUGGAAGUACAGGCUGAAAUUCCCAAGCCCUUCGAUAUAAAUGCAUCCGCCCUUCCCACGGAUGAUCCCAUCCCCUCGGAGGUCCCUCAGCUGGUUGGAAUCGAUUCCAUUAUCUCUCAGUCACUCACCAACUUAAUAAAGUCCUCAUCUAUUUUGCUGACUGGAGGACUUGGUGCUGGAAAAACAGCGCUCACUCACCUUCUGGCCCAUCGCCUUCGGAAGGAGCACUUGUUCAAUGUCAAAUACUUCUCUUGUCGCAAGUUGGUCACGGACGAGACCAGAAUUUCCAACAUCAAAGAAGUUCUGAACCGUCUUUUCAUGUCAGCUUCCUGGUGUGCUCGUCUUGGUGGGCAGGCGGUCGUGAUCUUGGACGACCUUGACAAGCUUUGCCCAGCAGAGACGGAGCUACAGGUCGGCGGUGACAAUGGCCGCAGUCGCCAGAACAGUGAGGUUAUCUGUUCGAUGGUCCGCGAAUAUUGUUCGAUGAAUUCCUCCGUUGUCCUGAUGGCUACCGCUCAGGACAAGGAGUCUCUGAACAAUGUCAUCAUCGGAGGCCAUGUGGUCCGUGAAAUCAUCAACAUGCGUGCUCCUGACAAGGAAGGACGUCGGAAGGUUCUGGCGAAUCUCACUAGCCAAGACAGGCCCAGCGAGUCUCUCAAUGGCCAUGUACGAGCUACAAGCUCCUCCACUCAGGAUACGUGGUUGGACCCCUCGAAUCCUGGCAGUCGGCCGAGCUCUUCCGGGGGCGAUGGAUUUGUCUUAGACCGAGAGGUGGACUUCCUGGAGCUGGCCGGUAAGACUGAUGGGUACAUGCCCGGCGAUCUUGUCCUGUUGGUUGCUCGUGCCCGAAACGAGGCCCUUAUUCGCUCUGUUCAAGAUCUAGCAUCCGAGGCAAAGAUGAUCACCCUCGGGUCGGAAGACUUCGAAAGCGCAUUGAAGGGCUUCACGCCUGCAUCCCUUCGCAACGUCACCCUUACCUCUUCUACGACGACCUUCUCUGCGAUUGGUGGUUUGUUUGAAACCCGCAAAAUGCUGCUGGAAACCCUGCAGUAUCCUACCAAAUAUGCGCCCAUCUUCGCUCAAUGCCCUCUUCGACUACGGUCUGGUUUACUUCUGUACGGCUUUCCCGGUUGCGGUAAAACGCUCCUGGCUAGUGCUGUUGCAGGCGAAUGUGGUUUGAACUUCAUCAGUGUGAAGGGUCCUGAGAUUCUCAACAAAUACAUCGGUGCUAGUGAAAAGAGUGUUCGUGAUCUCUUCGAGAGAGCUCAAGCCGCCCGGCCCUGUAUUCUCUUCUUUGAUGAGUUCGACAGUAUUGCGCCUAAGCGUGGACACGAUUCUACUGGUGUCACUGAUCGUGUUGUCAAUCAACUUCUCACUCAGAUGGACGGUGCCGAAGGUCUCUCGGGUGUCUAUGUUCUUGCAGCUACAUCUCGACCUGAUCUGAUUGAUCCUGCUCUGCUGCGUCCUGGUCGUCUCGACAAAUCUCUUCUCUGCAACAUGCCUAACCACGCAGACCGCGUCGAUAUCAUUAGAGCCGUUAGCUCAAAGUUGAAGAUGACCGAUGAUGUUGCAUCUCGCUUGGACGAAAUUGCCGCACGAACUGAGGGUCUUUCUGGAGCCGAUCUUCAGGCUGUCGUCUACAAUGCCCACCUGGAAGCCGUUCACGAUGCGCUUGGUGAUCGAUCCGCUGAUGAGAAGCCCGGUGCCAAGUCGAAUGCCACCAAGAAUGCUUCCGCCAGUUCUUCCAGCCGAUCAUUCAUUCAAUUUCUCUACUCUUCCCAGGAGGAAGCUUCGGGUUCUUCGGCUCUGCCACCACCCGCCGUGGUCGCAGCCAAGCUCGAGGCUAUCAAGAAUUCUCGUCGUCGGCAACGUCAAAUUGAGAACGGAGCUGCCAAUAACGGUUCCGCGGCCGCCCCCGCUACCAACGGCGCCGAACCCUCCGCAGAUGAGAUGCGGGAUGAGAUCAUGGUGCGGUGGGAGCAUGUUGAACGUUCUCUUGCCACUACGCGCUCGUCUCUUAGCUCUACUGAACGAAGACGGCUCGAGGGAAUUUACCGCGAGUUCGUCGUUGGCCGAAACGGCGAGAUGCCGAACGGCGAGGCUGCCAAUGAGAUUGGUGGUCGAUCGAGCCUGAUGUGA